AUGGGUGAUCCCAAACCUCAGCCUUCCGCUCACCUCAACUCCGUCAAUAUCAAGUCCCUGAUCCUGUUCUCCCUCGAACUCUCGCCACCCAACUUUGGCAAGUGGUGUGAGCUCUUCUCUGUUCUCCUCCGCCACUUCAACCUUACUAUGCACGUCGACGAUAGUGGCUCCUUUGUCGGCAACCUAGACUGGCCACAAAAUGACUCCACGGUCGUGUCAUGGAUAUACGGGAGCGUCUCCAACGAGGUGCUCAGCUACAUCCUCACCCCUGGUGCCUCGGCGCACACGCUGUGGACUAACACCGAGGGCUUGUUCCACGACAACAAUCAGGCCUGGAUCAUCACCAUGGAGGCUGAGUUCCGCAACACCAUGCAGGGCGAUCAACCCGUUAUGGCUUACUGCCAGCAGAUGAAGAACAUUGCGGACUCCCUCGGCCACCUCAGCACACCAUAA